AUAAAGGAAAAAUUCACAGGAAUAAUCCCAACUAUUGAACAUCUUCCAUAAUUAAUCCCAACUAUGGGUUAUUCCUGUAUAAUCCAAUUUAUAACCUCAUUAAUCCAAAAAUACUCCAAUCACCUACUGCAACCUAUAUUAACCGGUUACCUAGUCAUGUGAGCCUCACAUGACUUACUUCUUCUUCUCAAAUCUAUUUAACUCUCAGCUUCUUGUAGAAAAUGGGAAUUCUCACCAAGAAGCUUGCAUUUUAACGGUAAAAAAUCUCCUCUCCCCAAAAAGUUGCCAUGAAAUCUGCUUCUUCUGGAUCAUCUUCUUGGAGGUCUGCUGAGAGGGUAACACUUUGUUAUCACAAUACUCCCCCCAAAUUGAGGACAGCGAAAACAAGGGGUCUGAAUUAUGGAAGAAAGUUCUAUGGAUGUGCUUUAUGGCCUAAAUCAGAUUGUGGCUUUUUCUUAUGGGUAGAUGAAAACCAAAUUGGAGAUGUUGAAGACCAUAGUAGAGAGAAAGAAAUGUUGAUUGACGAAUUACUGAAUGAGAAGAAGGUUUUAGAAGGAAAAGUGCAGAGGCUGAAGAAGAAGAAAGAACAACUGGAGGAUGCCCUAACUGAGAUGAAGAUGGUUGUUUCAAACACUACAAAGAGGGAAAAGCAUGCAAUGACUGCACUAGUUUUUUCUUGGGUUUUAUUUGCUCUUGUGCUGUAUUUGAAAGGAUUUUAAUUAAUGUCAAUUAGUUCAUGUAUUACCACAUGAAGACAGUACUUUAGAGCUACUAUGUAACUGUUAUUGCCUGAAACAAUGGCAUAAUGAUAUGAUAUGAUAAUUUUGGUCCA